UAGUUUGUAGACUUGCCCUUAUCUAAUAAUUAGUUAUCCAGUUGCAAGCUGCUCCGCUAACUACCGGGGGUGUUUAGUUGCAGACUGUCCCUUUCUUCGUGCGCUUACAGACUCUCCCUGCUUAGUCCUCCCGUGCAGCGAGCCGCUCUCUCUCUCGUAUAACGAGGUUGGACGUUUGCCGACUCUCCCUGGAUUGCGGCCAAUCAGAGUUCUGGCUGCAUUGGCAUGGUUAGCCAUAAGCCUAAUUUGGAACAGAACAGUCUUCACUCUGGCACUUCGUAGAAAAAAGCCAGAGACUUUGCCAUGCAGAACAUCCAAAUGUACCGAAGCUGAGCCAUCAUUGCUGUCCGAUUGCUGGACUGCUGUACUCCACAAGUCUCUAUCAGCAAGCUUGAAUUCGCUCAGAAGGUGGAGGAGGCAGCACACGGCCCCUCUCGCCCGCUUCAUCGCGCUAUGAAGCUGCAGGCGGUGAUGGAGACGCUUCAGCGCCAGCAGCGGGCGCGAUUGCAGCAGGAACUGGAAUCAAGGCAGGUACAGCAGAAUUCUGUGGGUGCUCCUCCCGAUGUGGGUUAUCCUGCUAAUGGUACUGAAGAUGCAGAACCAGAAACUUUGAAAAUACAGCGAGCACAGGCGGCAGCAUUGGCUGCCAUGAGGGCGGCUGCUGCAGGUCUCAGUCAACAUCCAAGCCCAGCUGCUUCUGAGGAGGAAGAUGAUGGAGAGAGCAUGCCAUCUGAGGAUGAAAGAGAGAGGGAUGGGGAAAGUGAACAUUACCGAGACAUGGGAUCGGAUGAAGAGGAUGAUCUAAAGGGGAAAUGGGAUGAGGAUGAUUUUGAGGAGGAAGAGGAUUAUGAAGAUAUGGAGGAGGGACUUGAUGUGGCAGAAGCCAACAGACAUGGUAAAGGUUCAGCCUUGCCCCCAAAGCAUCCUGCCCAGCAGGCCUUACCGUCCCAACGCCCAUUGGGGGGAGCAGAGCGUCCAGGAUUGCCCCAGAAUGCACAUCCUCCAAUUCAGGACCAUGGGGAUUGGACAUAUGAGGAGCAGUUCAAGCAGCUUUAUGAACUGGAUGGAGACCCUAAAAGGAAGGAAUUUUUGGAUGACUUGUUCAGUUUUAUGCAGAAACGGGGAACACCUGUUAACAGAAUUCCCAUAAUGGCCAAGCAGGUCUUAGACUUGUACAUGUUGUAUGUCCUGGUGACUGAGAAAGGAGGGCUGGUCGAAGUUAUCAACAAGAAGCUCUGGCGAGAGAUCACCAAAGGUCUAAAUCUGCCAACCUCGAUCACCAGUGCGGCCUUUACCCUGCGCACUCAGUACAUGAAGUAUUUAUACCCAUAUGAAUGUGAGAAGAGAGGCCUUAGUAAUCCUAAUGAGCUGCAGGCCGCCAUUGACAGUAACCGUCGGGAAGGGCGCAGGCAGAGUUUUGGAGGUUCCCUUUUCACAUACUCUCCAACUGGAGCUCCAAAUAUGCUUUCUUCCCCAAAGAUGCAGGUGUCUGCCAUGACACUAGGAGGUGCUGCAACAAAUGGGAGCUCCUUUACUCCCCUACAGAAGAUCAAGAAAGAGGAAGACUCUCCAUUGUCCUUGACCAUGCCGUCCAGGGUUCCAGUGACUUUGUCUGGACAUUCGAUGGUGGCAGCUCAGGUGGCUGCUCAGGCAGCAGCACUAGAGCAGCUCAGAGAAAAGCUGGAGUCUGGAGAGCCGCCUGAGAAAAAGUUGGCCCUAGGGUCUGAGGAACAACAGCGCUUGGUGCACCGAGCUAUCCAGCAGAACCUCCUGGCAAUGUCCUCACAGUUUCCCAUGAACAUCCGCAUUAAUAGCCAAGCUGAGGGCAGACAAGCAUCUGCUGUUAACCUCACGACCAAUGGCACGAACAGUAUUAGCAUGUCAGUGGAGCUGAACGGUAUUGUAUACACUGGUGUGCUGUUUGCUCAACCUCCUACCUCAAUGUCUGGAAUUGGCAAAGGUAGUGUCACUCGGACUGCCAGUAUGGCUGGGGCCAGUAUGGCUGGGACCAGUAGCACUUCGCUGGCUCCACCUUCUGCUCUUCAGGCUCCCAGUUCCAACAGUUCCUCACCUUGACAGUGCCGCCAAAUCCAAAUACAGCUAACGCCAAAAACAAAAGAAUGGAAAUCACUCUGUAUUUCACUCUCAGGUUUAUUACUCGUGGUCAGUGCGAGCCUCCGGAAUGCAUUGCAGGGUUCAGACGGGGUCCAGACUGAGCCAGUAUGGGGUGCGAAACCCCUGUAUUCUCUGUAAAACAAAACAGAAAGACCAUAUACCUCACUUCUUGCACUGUCAAAAAAAAAAAAAUACUAAUAUAUAUAUAUACUAAAUUUUAUAUAUAUAUAUAUAUAUAUAUAUAUAUAUAUAUAUAUAUAUAUAUAUUACCAACACACACCAUAUCACCCACCCUCUCAACUUUACGCUGUGGAACCAACUUACAUGCAUUUUUUUUUUUAUAGCUUGAAAAAAAACUAUGGAAUUUUAGAUUUUUUUUUUUUUUUUUAUGUUUGGUCUAAAUGCCUUUUUUAAUUUUUAAAGGAAGGAAGAAAAAUGUAAACUUUUAAAGAAAUCUAUAUAAAUAUAUAUAUAUAUAUAAAUAUUGCUGUUUCCCUGGCGCUGGACUUUUAAGGGGCACGGAAUAUGUGCACAAUGGGACGUGCCUGCUGCUCCUGCUUGUGGCUCUGGCCAUUCCCACCCCUCACAGACUCUGGAAUGUAAUCAGAAGGAGCAGGGAAUGCAGAUCACUGAAUGUUUUGCUUGAUUUUUGUUCCUGUGGUUGCCUGGUCUUGAGGUUCAGACAUCUAAACUUCAAGUAGACUACACCAUUCCAUUAACUCCCACCCCAAAACAAUCUUUUAUACGGGUCAUAUCAGCUGGCAAAAAUAACUGUCAUCACAAAGCAGGUUAUUUCAUGUUCACUUUAGAUUUUUCUGAUUAUUUUCUUAGAACUUUUCCUGUUUUUACCCUUUCUCUGAUGGGUCUAUGCUGGCAAUACAUUGUUCUGUCAAUUUAAGAAUGCUUCUGGUAAGCAGAAUGAAAACGGAAGCAUGCAAAGGAAAACCAUAAGUGAUAUAUACAAUUUUUCCAGACAUUCACAAAUCUAUUGGUUGAUGUGUCCAUGCACAAUCCUAUAUACUGCCAAGUAUAUAUUGGAACUGCAGUCUUAUCACUGCUAAAGUGGCUGUGUUUAGGAUUUCAUAUUUUGGGUGAGAUUAAUGUGGUUACAUAUGAUUGUAAUUAGUAAACUAUGAAGGGUUCCAUGUUUUUUUUUUUUGUAGUUUUUCUCUCACUUUCAAAAAGAGGCAGUAGAAAUAAUAUCCAGAAAGUUUGGGCAGUAGUGCAGGUGAAGAAAUAUAAGGAUCUGUUAAAUUAUGGACACGUUCACUAUUACAUUUGUGUGCAUGUUUGAAAUUUUGUGGAUUUCAUAAUGGGAAAUCAUUUUGUAAGUACUGUCCCACUGGCUUCCCUAGGGGAACUGCAUAUUAUAGCUUUACAGUCCCCCCCCCCCCCCCCCCCCUCCUCCCUUUCCUCUUCCUCUUUUUUUGUUUUUUAAUUGGACUUUAAUGGAGAGGAAUAAAAGGGCUGCCCUAGAGAAUCUUCAUGAGCUUCUAAUCACGCAAGCCACUAUUGCACAAAAUUUUCUAUCUAUAGGCUAAACACCAAAGUCCCAUUUGAAAUCCUGUUUAGUUUCCUUUCAUGGGACGUUAUUUCUGACACCUACUACAGGGCCCAUAGAAAUGUUUUAUGAAUUGCAUAUUAGGAUAACUGUAAUGUAUAUUGGGUUUUUCAUACCUUUCUUAUGUCCAUCUAAUACAGGCAGGGUUUCUAAACGUCACCUGGACAGUAGUAAUCCAGCUGUGUGUCUGGUAUCUCUACGUCUACUCAAAUCAUAUGUCUCUUCUGCCGCACAAAUCCUCAGUAGAGCGUGCAUUUCAGUGCCGCCAUCCCACCACACCCAGAGGCAGAAUGGAAGGAGAACCAACAUGAAAUAGAAAUGUAUUAUGCUGUGUCAAAGAGGCCUUACUAUAGGGGUUGGGGAACCCCAAGAGUCCUAUUUAAAAUCAGACAGACUGGUCUAAAAGAAAGUAACCUUUUUUCUAAAUAUCUAUAUAUUUGUAACUACGUGCGUGUGCUGGGCAGGGGAUUGUUAGACUCAGGGCUUGUGUUUUCUUCAUCUGUUCUCAUUCUCACUGCUUUUCUGAAUCACUCCAUGUGAAUCUGAGGGUAGAGCCAACUUAUAACUCAGGGUAUAUACUGUUGUCUCUGGCUCUCCUCUGAUGCCUGGAGGAAGGCUACUUGGGGGUAGUUUUGGUUCCUCAUUAUGAGGCAGUGCUUUGCUCAGGACGGCUUGCCUUCACCCUGAUGUAGCCUGCCUCAGGGAAAGAAUAUGAAGGGGUUUUGUUUGCCUUAUUUUGCCUGUGGGGUUUUGGCUUCCUUUAAUCUUCAAUAAGAAAAUGUCUAUAUUUGUUUGUCUAAUUCUGUUAUUUACUGCUCUCCAGUUCCUGUAGAUGAAACCCUACAAUCAGAUACCUCAUUAAUGCUAAAGGGACAGGGUGUGUGGCUGGGCAUCUAGGGUACUGCACUGUGUGCUACAAGUACCACAAGAGGAACCCACGUCUGUACAGACUACUCCUCACAUAUAUGUACCAUGUUGUCAGAGCACGGGUUGCAUGUUUCUCUGACAUUCUAGUCUAGUCCAUUGCUGGUAAAAUGAAAUCACUGCUUGUGUCAGAAUAUCUGUUGAAUAGGCCUCUAAUAUUGUUACUGACUGAGCUGUGCUUCUGCAUUACCCUUAACCUCAGGGAUCCUUCUCAUUAACCUUCAUUUUUAAGUCUGUGCCCAUAAUACCUCUCCUUGUCUUCUGAUGCACUAAAUGCCUUUUUACAUUUGCUGAACUGCAGAGGUAAUGCCAAGUGGCCACAUAUAGCCUGGAGUCAGUGGGACACCGCUAUUCUUUCUGUCAUGGCUUUAUUUGUAUUUUAGGGGUUAGUAGAUUAUUUUAGCAAUAUUUGUGAAAUCUCAUUGUUUGUUUUGUUUUUGUUUUAAGUUUAUUUUUUGGGAGGAAUUACGUCCUUUUUUUAUUUUUAUUUUUAUUUUUUUUCCCCCUCUCUCUUUAUCGAUCUAUUUUGGUCAACAUCAUUUCACUGCCUUGUCCUGUAGCCCUAUGAAGAAUUAUGCUUGGUGUAAUGGAGGUAGCUGUAUUUGUGGGAUGGGUCGGGCAAGCAUUUAUUCGGUGUGUUUCAGGGCUAUAGAAUUUAGUGGUGAAAAAAGAAACAAUAAAAUGCACAUUAUUCACAUGAACCCCUUUUAUACCAGGGUGGAUGGUAACUUUGUUGAAGUGUGUUGAAACGUCUGGUAUAAAUGGGGUUAAACUCAGGAAUGUCACAUCUCUACCUCAAACCUCUGUGGGUGUAAUUACUCACAUUGCUGGAAACCUAUUUCACAGGUUUGUUUGUUUGUCUUUGUGUGUCCCCCCCCCCCCCCCCCCCUCAAAUUCUUCAGGUAUUAAAGCCUUGUGAUUAUAAAUAGUCUAAUGUAUAAAGAAAAAAGAAAAAAAAAAACCUGAAAGUUUACAUUUUAUAACAUUAUGCAGAUUGUAUUUAAACUCCAGAAUAUUUAAGAAAAAUUGUAACUGAGCUUGAUGGAAUAUUAAAAAA